CCUUCCCAUUAGGUGAGAUGGCAGGGUAUAAAUUUGUGAACCUGUCUUGGACUCACAGGGAUUCGUCUCCCAGAGGCUUACAGGGGGACUAACGGGACUUCUUCACAAAAAUAAGGAAAAUGGGGCUUGGGACGGGGUUUGAUAAGUACAAAUUGGCAGCAACUUCCGAAGAUGGCGCCAAAAAGCCCAAAAAAGGAAAGAAGAAGCAGAAGGACAUGGAGGAGUUGAAGAAAGAAGUGGAACUGGAAGAUCACAAGUUGACCUUGGAUGAGCUUCACCGCAAAUACGGCACUGACCUGACCAGGGGCUUGUCUGCUUUCCAAGCAAGGGAGAUCUUAGCUCGUGAUGGACCAAAUGCCCUGACUCCACCUGUUACUACCCCAGAAUGGGUCAAGUUCUGCAAACAGCUCUUUGGUGGAUUCCAAACUCUACUAUGGAUUGGUGCAUUUCUUUGCUUCUUUGCAUAUUCAAUCCAGGCCGCCUCUGAAGACGAACCAGCAAGAGACAAUCUGUAUCUGGGACUUGUACUUGCUUUUGUGGUCACAGUCAAUGGAUGCUUCUCAUACUAUCAAGAGGCCAAGAGCUCUAGGAUCAUGGAAUCUUUUAAGAACCUCGUUCCACAGCAAGCCCUUGUUGUUCGUGAUGGUGAGAAAAAGGUCAUCAAUGCUGAGGAGGUAGUCGUAGGUGAUCUCGUGGAGGUCAAAGGCGGUGACAGAAUUCCAGCUGAUCUUCGUAUCAUCUCUGCACAAGGCUGCAAGGUGGACAACUCUUCCCUCACUGGUGAAUCUGAGCCCCAGUCUCGGACUCCAGAUUUCUCCAGUGAAAACCCCCUGGAGACAAGGAACAUUGCGUUUUUCUCUACGAACUGUGUUGAAGGUGGUGCCAGAGGUGUUGUCAUUAAUACUGGUGACCGUACCGUCAUGGGUCGCAUCGCCACCCUUGCCUCCAGUCUGGAAGGUGGACAAACUCCAAUUGCUAAAGAGAUUGAGCACUUCAUUCACAUCAUCACUGGCGUAGCGGUCUUCCUGGGUGUGUCCUUCUUAAUCCUUUCUGUGAUUCUUGGCUACACUUGGUUGGAAGGUGUCAUUUUCCUUAUUGGAAUCAUUGUUGCUAAUGUACCUGAGGGUCUCCCUGCAACUGUAACUGUGUGUCUGACUCUGACCGCCAAACGUAUGGCAAAGAAGAACUGCCUGGUGAAGAAUCUUGAAGCUGUGGAGACUCUUGGUUCAACAACAACCAUCUGCUCUGACAAGACUGGAACUUUGACCCAGAACCGAAUGACCGUGGCUCACAUGUGGUUUGACAAUCACAUUCAUGUAGCGGACACUACAGAGAACCAGAGUGGAACCGCCUUUGUCAGGAGCUCAGCUACUUGGGCCGCCCUUGCACGUGUCGCUGGCCUGUGCAACCGUGCUGUUUUCCUUGCUGAACAGAGUCAUCUACCAGUUCUUCAGAGACUAACAGCCGGAGAUGCCUCAGAGUCUGCUCUGUUAAAGUGUAUUGAGCUUUGCUGUGGUUCAGUCAGUGAAAUGAGAGAUAAUUACACAAAGGUUGCUGAAAUCCCUUUCAACUCCACCAACAAAUACCAGCUCUCUGUCCACAAGAAUCCUAAUUCCUCAGAGUCUAAGCACCUGCUGGUGAUGAAAGGCGCCCCUGAGAGAAUCUUGGAUAGAUGCUCCUCCAUUUUGAUUGAAGGAAAAGAACAGGCUUUAGAUGAUGAAAUGAAAGAUUCUUUCCAGAAUGCUUAUGUAGAACUCGGAGGUCUUGGAGAAAGAGUGCUGGGUUUCUGCCACUUUUCCCUCCCUGAUGACCAGUUUCCUGAAGGUUUUGCAUUUGAUUCUGAAGAAGUGAACUUCCCCACUGAGAACCUGUGUUUCAUUGGCCUUAUGUCCAUGAUUGACCCUCCUCGGGCUGCUGUACCAGAUGCAGUGACCAAGUGUCGGAGUGCUGGAAUAAAGGUUAUCAUGGUUACUGGUGACCACCCAAUUACAGCCAAGGCUAUUGCAAGGGGUGUUGGCAUUAUCUCUGAAGGCAAUGAGACCGUGGAUGAUAUUGCAGCUCGGCUGAAAAUCCCUGUUGGGGAGGUGAAUCCAAGAGAUGCUAAGGCCUGUGUGGUCCAUGGUGGAGAACUGAAGAAUAUGAGAGAUGAAGACCUGGAUGAGAUCCUGCAACACCAUACAGAAAUUGUGUUUGCCAGAACUUCUCCACAGCAAAAGCUGAUCAUUGUAGAAGGCUGCCAGCGACAGGGUGCCAUUGUAGCUGUAACCGGAGAUGGUGUCAAUGAUUCUCCUGCUCUGAAGAAGGCUGACAUUGGUGUGGCUAUGGGCAUUGCUGGAUCGGAUGUAUCCAAACAGGCUGCUGACAUGAUCUUGCUGGAUGACAACUUUGCUUCAAUUGUCACCGGAGUAGAAGAAGGUCGUUUGAUCUUUGACAACUUGAAGAAGUCCAUUGCCUACACUCUGACUAGUAAGAUUCCUGAGAUGUCACCCUUCCUCAUGUUUGUCCUUGUGGGUAUUCCUCUACCCUUGGGCACCGUCACCAUUCUCUGUAUUGAUCUCGGCACUGACAUGGUUCCUGCUAUUUCAUUGGCCUAUGAAACUGCUGAAAGUGACAUCAUGAAGAGACAACCCAGAGAUGCUAAAACAGACCACCUGGUGAAUGAGAGGCUAAUCAGUAUGAGUUAUGGUCAAAUCGGUAUGAUGCAAGCAGUUGGAGGGUUCUUUACCUACUUUGUAAUUCUUGCUGAGAAUGGAUUCUUGCCCAGGGAUCUGGUAGGAAUUCGUAUGGGUUGGGAAGAUAGGUAUGUCAAUGACCUGGAAGAUAGCUAUGGUCAGCAAUGGACCUAUGAGCGCAGAAAGAUUGUGGAGUACACAUGCCACACAGCAUUCUUUACCAGUAUUGUGAUUGUCCAGUGGACUGACCUGCUCAUCUGUAAGACCAGACGGCUCUCCAUCGUACAGCAAGGAAUGAAAAACCGAGUCCUCACCUUUGGACUGUUUGUGGAAACGGCUCUGGCAGCUUUCCUGUCCUACUGCCCAGGCAUGGAUGUUGCUGUCAGAAUGUAUCCUAUGAAACCAUUGUGGUGGUUCUGCGCCUUCCCAUACUCACUGCUCAUCUUCAUCUAUGAUGAAAUUAGAAAAUACAUCAUUAGGCGAAAUCCAGGAGGCUGGGUGGAACAAGAAACAUACUAUUGAAACAAGAAGAUCUGUGGCAGACAUAUGAAAGAAGAUAUUUUACAAAUGAUACAGAAUCUGGUGAUUGUCAGUCAAUAAAUGUCAAAUUCCAUGGAGCUGAAA